ACCACUCGCGUUCUCUGUUUUAUCUAUGAUGGAGACCUGCCUAUCGGACCUGUCGUGGAGAACGCGGAUGGCGUUACGCUCGGUUGGUAGAUCAGCGGUUCUGCGUAUAUAUCUGUGGAGCACUGCGCGGGAAUACAGCGGAUUCAAUUCGAUUCUGCUCCUUCAAUUGCCAGACCGACAUCAUGGCGUUGUCACAGCUUUCGACUCCGUCGGCUUCUUGUCUUGCGUGCUACGGCUUGAUUGCUCUUGUCGCCUACUUCGCUGUUUUAUCCAUCUAUCGCGUCUUCUUCCAUCCCCUCGCAAAGUAUCCGGGGCCGCUCAGCUACAAGCUCAGUGGCUGGCCGCUCCUAUGGCAAGCUUACACUGGAGACCGACAUAUAUGGCAUUUGAAGGACCAUGAGAAAUACGGACCAAUCGUCCGCAUCGCACCAAACACCCUCUCUUUCAACACCGCGUCAGCAUUGAACACCAUCUACGCUCCAAGAAACGCCAACGUUAAGAAAGGCGAAUGGUACAAGACCUUCGACAUCGCUGCCGGCACGUACAGCAGCUUCACGGAGACUGAUAAGGAGAAGCAUGCGAUUAAGAGGAAAUGGAUGAGUCCAGCGUUCUCCGUCGAGUCUAUGAAAAAGAAUGAAUCGGUGAUCAUCGAUACCAUUGAGCGGUUUUGCGAAACGAUCAAGCCGGCGACAGAGGGCUGGGGCCCGAAGUGGAAUAUUUCCGAAGUGACGACUUUUUUGGGGUUUGAUAUCAUGGGCGGGUUGGUGUUUGGGUGCGAUUUUCGCAGUGUGCAGGAGCGCGAGAAUAGGGACCUUGCGAACUCGGUGCUACCGGCUUCGAAGUUUCUCUACUGGGUCUCCUAUCUUCCCAUGGCGGUCGUUGUGCGCCCGCUGCUGCGCACGAAGCUCUUCGAGAUCGUUGGCGGCAAGCCAGUAGCGGACAAUAACCGACUGAUCGACUACGCAAACGCCCAGGUGCAGGCUCGCAAUUCGGGGAAUGAGGGGAAUGAAAAGGGUAUAAAGCGCGAUCGAAUAGAUUUCCUGUCGCGUUUGGUGGGUGCUGAGGAUAAGAAGACGGGUUGGCGCCCAACGACACUCGACCUGGAUGUUGAAAGUCUCAACAUGAUGAACGCUGGCGCGGAUCCGUAUAGCAGCGUCAUUGCUGGUGCGAUCUUCUACCUCGUGCACAAUCCAACCGCGCUGGAGAAGGCUACGGCGGAAAUCCGGUCGACUUUUGCAUCACCGGGCGAGAUCUGUAAUGGCUCGAAACUAAACUCAUGCACGUACCUCUAUGCCUGCAUCGAAGAAACGCUUCGUCGCACAGCCCCGGUCCCUAGCCACCUCCCACGCGUCGUGCUCCCAGGUGGCAUCGAAGUUGACGGCCGUUUCCUGCCCGAGGGAACCGUGGUCGGCGUCCCCGCCUACACGAUCCACCACAACCCAGCCUACUUCUCGGACCCAUGGUCCUUCAAGCCGGAGCGCUGGAUCGAGUCCCCCGACAACCUGCAAUCCGCCAUCGACCACGCGCGCAGGGCGUUUGAACCAUAUGGGCUGGGCACGAGGCAAUGUAUUGGCAAGAAUUUAGCGUACUUGCAGUUGAAGUUGACGCUUGCGCACGUGCUGUGGAGGUUCGAUCUGAGGUUGGCGCCGGACGAGAGGGGCAAGGGAGGGGGCAGGAAGGGACUGGGUGUUGGGAGGGAGAGGGAGGAUGAGUUUCAGAUGUGGGAUGCGUUGGGGUUUGCGAGGGAUGGGCCGAUGGUGGAGUUUAGGGUGGCUCAAUAGUCGCGUGUAUCGGGGGUUUGAGGGUCUGUUUUAUAGUUUCGGCGCUGCGCGAUUUGAUAUGCUAUAAUCGGCGUGUGGGGAAGGGUUGCGACGGCUGUAAGGGUCUUCGCAUGUGGAUGUGGAGAAGCAGCAAGGACACGCUUCAAAGUCCAAUCCUAGGGUUGAGUUACUAAGUUUAUUGUAUGCUGCUCAACCCCCG